AUGUUAACUAGUAAAAUGUGUGGAGAGUUUGAAACUAUAUGGAAGUUUUUUUCCGAUGAUUUAAAUGAAUCUGGGAAUUAUGAUUUUUCAACUGGAAUGCUCAAGAAUUACUGCCCUAGUAAAAAAUGUGACAGUGAUAUCGAUAAGAUUAAUGCUGGAUGUUUAUGGUUAUUUAAUAAAUAUUAUGGAAGUUCAUAUAAUUUUUCGAGUAAUGCAGAUGACAAAAUUGAUAUUGUUGUAUUUAUUAUGACAUGGUUAGGCUAUAAAUUAAAUCAAAAGUUAAAUAAAGAAUUUCCCAAUUUAAAAGAUUUUUAUAGUAAAAAUAUGCAAAAUGUCGAUGAGUAUAAAAAGCCUAUAGAUGAUGUUUCGAAAUACAAAUCUUAUAUUGAUCUUAUAAAUAAAAAAGAAAAUUUGAUAGAUAUUGAUACUAAGCUUAUGUCUAAACUUUAUGAUUUAUUUAAAAAUUUGUGCAAAAUGUAUAAUGAAGUUUCAAAGGCGAACAAGGAUAAAACAAAAUAUUCAAAAUAUGCUGAAGAAUUUGUUAACAAAUAUAAAGAUCUUAAUGAAGAUUCUAAUAAUGUUGAUGGAAGUUCAUAUAAACAAAUAUUGUCUACAUUAUCAAAUGAAUAUAAGCAUUUUAGAAAUAGUUACGUUAAGUCUAAUAUACGAGAUAUAUUUCCAGAACUUAUAACGGAAAAAACUCCACAAGUUUCUGCAUCAAAUCCUAUAGAAGGAAAAGAUGUCUCCUUGGGUGAAACGUCAGUAUCAAGAUCUGAAACUGAUAUGUCAGAUUCUCAAACUGAUGUAUCAGAUUCUCAAACAACACUAUUUAGUUCAUUGACAAUAAACAAACUAAUUUCAAUUCCAUUUAUAUUGGUUGCAACAUUAAUUUUAUUAGGAAUUGCAUAUAAGUAUUCGUUAUUUGGAUUUCGGAAACGAUCUCAAAAACAACAUUUAAGAGAAAAGCUAAAAAAAUAA